AUGGGUUUUCUAAAAAUUGGAACUCCAUUAAGUUGGGAAGAUGUACAGAAUGUGAAAUCGUUAAUCAGGCUAUAUGGAAUAUUGCAAUUUGUUCAUUCCUAUAAAUGUAAUAAAGAUAGAAAAGAUGAACAUAUAAUGUUUGGAGAUGAAAUCGAAUAUAUAAUUAUAAGAAAUGAUGAUAAAAUAAAAGAAUCAUCUGCAUUGUUAUGUGCAACAGAUCUAAUUGAUGAAAUGAUGAAUUUAGAAAGUGGAAAUGAUUGUCAAUAUGGAUCUCAUUGGACUCCGGAAUAUUCAUCUUUUACAAUUGAAGGAACACCAUCUGUUCCAUUUAAAUUUGAACUAAAUUCAUCAUAUUUUAUUGAACAUUGUAUGAAAAUAAGAAGAAAUAAAUUAAAUAAUGUUUUAAGUGGUUUGGGAGGUGUUCAAGCUAUAACAUUACCAUGUUAUCCUAAUGUUUUUUUAAAUAACAGUCUUAUUAUGGCAAAAAAAAUAAAUUGUGAAAAUAAAAAACAAAAAAAAAAUAAACAAGAAUUAUUAGAUUCAUCUCCUAUAAAUUUGAGUCCCAUAAAAAUUAAUAAAACAAUUCAAGAUUCAGAAAAUUGUGAUGAAAAUGAAUCACGAAAACAUAUUUCUCAAAAAAAUGAAAAUAAAAAUAAAACUAUUAGUAAUGAUAUUAUAUUAGAAGACGUUGAAGAAAAUAAAUCAACUAAUUUUGUUAGUUCAGAUUUUACCCAACAAAAAUAUGACGAUCUUUUAGUUCCUGAUGUAUCUAUGGAUGAUGUUGAUAUUAAUAAUAGAAAGGACUCAAAAAAUGAGGAAUGUGCCGAAAAAGAAGCUGCCAAUAAAGGUGAUGAUAAAGAAAUUGAAGCUCAGUGUGAUGCUGCAAACGAAACGGUAGACAUCGAAGUAGAAGAUAAUAUGUUUAUUUCAACAAUAAAAGAAAAUUCAAUAUUUAAAUGUGAAUUAUUUAAACCAGAUAUAACACAUGAAUAUAGUAAUAGUUGCUUAGUUACAGAUAUGGUUAUAAGCCCACAUUCUAGAUAUGUAACACUAACUAAAAAUAUAAGAAAGAGAAGAGGAACUAAGGUUAUAUCAUUUAAUGAAAUAUAUAAAGAUGUAAAUACAGAGAAUAUGGAUAUAUGGAAAUUAUCUUUAGAUAAAAAUGACAAAAGAAUUUUUAAAAAAAAAUUAAAAAAAACAACUUUAGAUGGUCAUCUUAUUUGGAAUAAAUCAAUGACAAAUAAAAAAAAAAUAAAUGAAAAAAAAAAAAAAAUAAUAAAUGAUGAAACUGAAUUAUUAGAUAAAGUGAUAAAACAUAGUUUAUUUAGUAAUAUAGAUGAUGAUCAAGAUUAUAUAUAUUCUUAUAAUCGUGAAUUUAUAGAAGAAUAUUCAAAAAAAUGUAAAAAUCCAAUUAAAAAUUAUGUAUAUUUAGAUGCAAUGUUUUUUGGAAUGAGUAUGUGUUGUCAACAAAUUACAAUGUCUUUUCAAACAAUUAAUGAUGCAAAAUAUGUAUAUGAUCAGCUAGCUGUAAUUGCACCAUUAUUUUUAGCUAUAACUGCAUGUACACCAUAUUUAGGUGGGUUCUUAACAGAAACAGAUGCAAGAUGGAGAGUCAUAUCAAAUAGUGUUGAUUGUAGAACAGAAGAUGAAUUGUCUUAUAUUUCAAAACCAAGAUAUUCAGGAAUAUCUCUUUAUAUAUCAGAUGAAUUGCCAUUAAAAAAAAAUUACUAUUAUUAUAAUGAUAUUGAUAUUGUAUUAAAUAAAAAUGUUUAUGAUAAAUUAAUAAAAGAAAAUGUAGAUGAAUAUUUAGCUAGACAUAUUUCGUCACUCUUUGUUCGAGACCCAAUUGUAGUAUUUGAAGGCUCAUUUAGUGAAAAAGAUAUCACCACAAUACAAGAUAUUAUAAAAGAAAACGCUGAAAAGGAUGGAAACGCUGAAAAAGAUGAAAACGCUGAAAAAAAUGAAAAUGCUGAAAAUGAUGAAAAUGUGAGCAAUUCAAAAAUGUGGAGCGAAGAGGAAAUGAAUAAAAUAUAUUUGAGUGACAAUUUUGAAUUUUUAGAAGAUUAUAAAGAAAAGGUAUUAUCUUCACAUCAACAUUUUGAAAAUUUCCAAAGCACUAAUUGGAAUAGUGUUAGAUUUAAACCACCACCAAUAUUAGAUAAUAAUUAUUUAAAUGGUCCGAGCUCAAUUGGAUGGAGAGUAGAAUUUAGAACCCCCGAUAUUCAAAUUACUGAUUUUGAAAAUGCAUCUGUUGUUGCUUUAAUUAUGACAUUAUCUAAAUUUAUAUUAAACAAAAAAUUAAAUUUAUAUAUACCAAUGUCUAAGUUAGAAGAGAAUUUAUUUAGAUCAUCAAAACGUGAUGCAAUAUUAAAAGAAAAAUUUUAUUUCAGAAACGAUAUAAAUUAUGAUACAUCUAAUAAUGAAAUUGAAGAAAAAAGUAUAUAUGAUAUAUUUUUUAAUAAAAAUAAUGGUAUUUUAUAUUUAUGUUCUUUAUAUAUAGAAGAACAAUUUGAGCAAGGUUUAAUUAGUUUAUCAGCUAAAAAUAAAAUAAAUGAAUAUAUACAAUUUGUUAAAUUAAGAUGUAAAGGUGAAAUACAUACUGGAGCUUCAUUUUUAAGAAAAUUUAUUUUAAAUCAUCCAGCAUAUGAACAAAAUUCAUAUAUAAAUAAUCAAAUUAAUUAUGAUCUUUGUAAAUUAAUAUCUGAUAUAGGAAAAGGUGAAAUCUCUCCUCAUGAAUUAUUAGGUGGUUUUGUUGACCCACAUAAAGAAAGAAUCAAAAAUAAUUUAAGACAAAUUAGUAAAAGACAAUAUUUAAAAUCAUUAGCUUAUAAAUUUAUAUCUGGUGAAGAUUAUACUCAGUAUCUUCUUCUCAAUGAAGAUCUAAAACAUGAUAAAGAUUUUUUUAUUCAAAACAAAAACACAAAUUAUGAGGAAUCCGAUGAAUACAUUGAUAAUAACAUGCUUGAAUUUGGGAAAAAGUUGUACCAAUUCAGUGCAUAG